AUGUCAAACAAUAAGCCUCGCGAUGUAGGACUAAAACAAAGCUUGGUUACAAAGAAGGAGGAGACUAUCGACGAAGAUUCCGCCCGUCUUUUUCUCAAACAAAGGCCUAGAAAUAAUGAACUCAAAGUCAAAAAAGAAUACCUGGACAUAGAGCUUUUACCUCCCUCCACAACUUACACCCUUCUCAAGGACAUUCCAAUCUAUGAAGUUACUCUCAAAGGUGCAUCUGUGGUCGACACCAGAUUUCCUGUAUCAAGAGCUUUUCUUAGUAACGUAUUCGGAGGUAACACUCAAAGAGUUUUUCCAACUCUUUCUAAAAAGAACCUGCGAAAGAUGGAGGAUGAAGGUUUUGCCCUUGACCAAUGGGCUUGUAUGACAUCUGCCCUCAACCCAUUCCUACCGACGCUGCCUGGUGUUCAUGGGCUUUUUUUCGCGCUUCGAGAGCUUCAUGAUGACCUUAGUCCGAUCGAGUACUGGAAAUUGGGCGUUUGCCGGGUUUUUUCCUUUCUAGAUCAAAGUAAAUGGCUUUACGUUGGACAUUACGAAUUUUCUUAUGGGAAGACAUUAACUCCCGAUGACUGGAAGAACUUACCGUUAGAGGUCAGAGAGGAUUGGAUCGGAGCGAUCUGCUCCAAAAACAAGCGACGGAGAGACAAGCGCAUUCGAAUCCACCUUCGAAACAGACCAGGACAUAACCGUCAGUUCGAAGCUGAAGAAUAUCUGCGAUUGAUGAACAGCAAAGAGGACCGAACGGUAACCCCAGAGCAAGUUAACGAAGCGUUCGUGCGUGGAGAAGAGGCCAUCAUAGCGUGGAAAAUGAAAUGCGUCAACUACGAAGAGGAGUUUCAACGCAAGCUUACAAGCGAGUUUCCGCGUUGGACUCCUCCGGUUACAGAAAAGUCACGUCGUGGCAGAGGGUCGAAGGUCGCUUCAGGCUCAGAGAACGAAUCGGAUGGUCCUUCUGGGUCCAGGAAGCCUCCCGCAAAGCGCAAGGGAAAGAAACGCGUUAUCGACGUUUCCGAUGGAUCAGACACAGAUAACAAUCGACGACCAAAGAAAAUUGCAAAGUCCGAGAUAAGGGCCGAGGCACGAGAAACUUAUCAGAGGAUAAGAUAG